AUAAAAGAGCAAAGAUUUUUUAUUUUGCUCCCUUUUGCCGGGGGCGGGGGGCGAAGGCGGCGCCAUGUUCGGCUCGUGCCGCGGCGGCGUGCGCGGCGGCCAGGACCAGUUCAGCUGGGAGGACGUCAAGACGGACAAGCAGCGCGAGAACUACCUGGGCAACUCGCUGAUGGCGCCGGUGGGCCGCUGGCAGAAGGGCAGGGACCUCACGUGGUACGCCAAGGGCAAGGCGGCGGCGGCGGCGGCGGGCGCCGAGGAGCUGGCGGCCGUGCGGCGGGCCGAGCGCGAGGCCAUGCUGGCGGCGCUGGGUUACGGCGGCGGCGGCGGCAGGCGGCGGCCGGUGGGGCUCAGCAAGGAGGACCUGGCCGAGGCCUGCAGGCGCGAGGGUGCCCAACGGGGCCCCGCCGACGUGGACCGCCUGGUGGGACUGGGCAGCUCCAGCGGCUCCGCAGGCCGGCUGAUGCUCUCCAAGGAGGACAAGGAAGCGGCCAAGAUGGGGCUGCCCAUCUUCACGCACCAGAAGGUGCCGGGCGGCCCCGAGGCCGUCGGCUCCGGGAGGAAGCAGCGCCAGGAGGAGAAGGCCGAGGAGGAGCCGGGCUCGAACAGCGGCAAGAAACCCAAAAAGGACAAAAAAAAGAAGAAGAAGAAGCACAAGCACAAGAAGGAGAAGAAGAAGGAGAAACGGCGCGAGAGAGACGCCUCCACCUCGUCGUCGUCGUCGUCCUCCUCUUCCUCCUCCUCCUCCUCCUCCUCUCCGGAGCGGGACACGAGGCGCCGGCGGAGCAAAGCCGCCGCCGGGGACGACGACUCCUCCGGCAGCCGCCGCCGCCGCGGGAAGAGGAGCCGCAGCCGGACGCCGCCGCGCCGCCCGCCCGCGGGAGCCGGGGAGCCCGGAGCCCGGCCCCGCAGGUCUUAAAUACUCUGUGCGUUUUUGAAAGCUGUUUCGGGGAAUUAAAAAGUGGCAGCUCGGCA